UUGACGUCACGCAUCUCGCCAGGUACAGAAGUCCAUUGUACAGAAUGAAAACAACUGUUGCAUAAACUUCGUCAAAUAAACGGAGGCUGGUCGUUUUUGCAGGCAGAUUCACAUUCAGGUUUAUAAUGGCAGAGAAACCUCAGUUAGUCAAUAAUUUACCUGAGGAUGUUGAGACUGAUGAGUGUAUGAACAAAUACACGCACAUCUACAGCCCUGAUCUGCUCAGUGAUCAGGUAGCCUUUAUAACGGGUGGAGGGUCAGGUAUUGGAUUUCGGAUAGCAGAAGUUCUGAUGAGGCAUGGCUGUGACACGGUCAUCGCUAGCCGAAAUUUGGAAAAGAUCUCUCAGGCAGCAGAGAAGUUAACCAGCACCACAGGCAGGCGAUGUUUGCCAAUCGCUAUGGAUGUUCGUCAACCAGAGACAAUUUUGGCUGCUGUGGAUGAGACCUUGAAGACAUUUGGACGAGUUGACAUUCUUAUUAACAAUGCUGCAGGUAAUUUCUUGUGUCCGGCUACAUCUUUGUCAUUUAACGCUUUUAAGACCGUCAUGGAGAUCGACACCAUGGGAACUUUCAACACAAGUAAAGUCAUCUAUGACAAAUGGUUCAAGGAUCAUGGCGGCUCCAUUGUCAACAUUUCCGCCACUUUGGGGUACAGAGGUCAGGCUCUCCAGGUGCAUGCUGGGUCGGCAAAGGCUGCAAACGAUGCCAUGACGAGGCAUUUGGCGGUGGAAUGGGGCCCCAGUGGUGUGAGGGUGAACACUGUGGCUCCAGGGCCCAUCUCUGGCACUGAGGGAUACCGCAGACUGGGUGGCUCACAUGCUGAGACCGCAGGUGCUUUCCACAGCAUCCCGUUACAAAGAGCUGGAAACAAGACGGAGAUGGCGCACGCGGUUUUAUUCCUGGCCAGCCGCGCCUCCUCGUACGUCACUGGCUCUGUAUUGGUCGCAGACGGAGGGGCGUGGCUUACUUCAGCUAAUGACGUGGAGCGGCUGCUGGGUUUUUGGAUGGCAGAAAAAAGAAAGGAUAAAUAGCAAGAGAAUUAAACUGCAAUGGACCUGCUGAAGUACAUUUGUAUGAUAAUUUUUGAAACGUGGAUUAUCCUUCACCGCAUAAUCAAUGAGAAAAAGUGAUGAUGAUCUACUUAAAAGCUCAUUUUUAAUACAAACAUAUGGUAUUUUUACACUUUCUUAUUAUAAAUAAGCACAAUAUCACCCAAAAGUUUUAAUACUGCUUAAUAAAUGCUUUUUAAAAUAAUUUAUUCUUGGCAAAACAUAAUAGUGUCAAGAAAAGUUCGUUUUCAUUUGUUUUCCACUGUUAUGGUAGUCAGGAUAACUUUCUUUUGACUCAUUACUUUAAUGAAUGACCCCAUCCCCCCCCAUUAGAUUAUGAGGUGAAAUAUGACUUGAACAUAUAUUAGAACAGAUGGUUAUAACCCUUGUGUCUUCUUGGCUGUUGUUGGACAUUUCUAGCAUGUUUAUCCAGAAAGCUUUAGCAACUGUAUUACAUUAAAAUAUUCACUUAUAGCAGCACUAAUAUAAAUAAACUUUUAACACUACAUAAAUUAGUGCUGUUUCCUAAAUUUGAACUAUUUUAUAUUCACAGAUUGUGCUCCAUGAAGACAUUUGGUCAAUUUUCUACAGUACAUAUAUCAAAACUCUUUUAUUAUUAUUAUUAUUAUUAUUAUUAUUCAUAUUCAUUGAACUCCUGACACUUUAAAGGAGAUUUUCUUAGAUUUUAGAUCAUUUUGAACUCCAGAUAUGUAUUUUUGUUUUCAAACAAAAGUGCAAACAUUUGUAUUUGUAUAGUAUUUUCCAUAACAGUUUUCAUAAUAAACCUUUUAAUAAUUACCUA